UCUCUUCCUCCCCCUCAUCACUUCCAGCGGGCCGCGCUCGCAGGGAACGCUCCUCCGCCUUCUCACGCUGCUUCUUUAGCGUGGGCUUCUUAGACUUUCUCAGUCGUUAUAUAACACGUUCGUUCCGGACUCAUACCAUCCGCCAUGCUUCCCCUCGCCCUCGCUGCGCUCCUCGCGCCGACCGUGCUCGUUGCGGCGCGCCCCGCAUCGUUUGGCCGCAUUGGCACCCCCAUCCAUACCCGCGACGCCGUCGGCGACAAGGAGACGGUGGUCCUCUUCGACUCGCUUGCUUACGAGGGCCCCGAUGGCACGCAGUUCCUCGCGCAGGAGGCAUACGUACACAAGUCCCAGAUCGACAUCCAGGACUGGCUGGACAAGGCAGCGGACGUGCUGAGCUCGAUCGGCAUCGACUUCGGCCAGGAUCUCGCGAACGCGUCGGAGCGUCUCAAACUCUUCGCUGCGAUCGGCGUUGCGGACCGAGAGGUCAAUGUCGUGGUCGAUGGCCUCGAUACCCCCGUCACCGUAGGCCCGACGGCCGAUGGCGACGACCAAGGUCUCACCUGGCAGAACGUGACGCUUGGCGGUGGCGAAGUCGCAUCCGCCAAGGUCGCCGCAACGGCGCAGACGGACGACGGGCGCACGUUCGCGAGCACCGUCUUCGCGUCCAAGUCCGAUGGCUGGGGCGUCAUCAGUGACAUCGACGACACCAUUAAGAUCUCCCACACGCUCGACAAGCUCGCCCUCCUCAAGGCUACCUUUUUCGAAGAGCCAGAGCCCGUCGCCGGCAUGCCCGAGCUCUACGCCGCGCUCGCGGAGAAGCUGGACCCGCAGUUCGUGUAUGUCACGGGCUCGCCGUACCAGUUGUACCCCUUCUUGCACGACUUCAUCAACACGACCUACAAUGCGAGUGCGGGCCCGAUCUAUACCAAGAACCUCACUUUGACGGACCCCGCGGAUCUGAUCACCUUCAUCAAGGGCGGUAACACGCAGGAGUACAAGGUUUUCAUCAUCGAUGCCCUGCACGGCAUCUUCCCCAACAAGACGUUCCUCGGCGUAGGUGACUCGACCGAGGCAGACCCGGAGACAUACGGUGAAGUCUUCCGCAAGUAUGGCCCCGACUUCCUUGGCUGCGCCUGGAUCCGCGCCGUCGACGGUGCUAACAACACGGAUGAGCGCUUCGCGGAGGCUUUCGCAGAUGUACCCUCCGACCGCUGGCGCGUGUUCACCGACGACGAGAUCGCGGGGUUGGCGGACAUCGACCUCGAUGGGGGCGCUUGCUGAU